AUGAUUAAGCUGAGGUCAAAGAGGUUCUCAAGAAGCAGCUCGAAGCUAGGCGGCGGUUCCCGCGGAGGCACCGCCGGUGGCGAGAUAAAGUGGGAGCUAAGGCCCGGCGGAAUGCUCGUCCAGAAAAGAGAAACCGACCAAAAUUCGGAUGAAAUUAUGAUCACAAUUAGGGUCUCAACGGUGUCCCACUGCCAUGACAUCUCACUCCAACCUACUUCAACAUUUGGGGAAUUGAAGGUCCUGUUGUCAGCAUUGACAAAGUUGGAGCCGAGAGAGCAAAGGCUAUUGUUCAAAGGCAAAGAAAGGGGAGAUGAAGAACACUUGCAUAUGGUGGGUGUUAGAGAUAAGGACAAAGUCCUGAUGUUAGAAGAUCCGGCAAUCAAAGAGAGGAAGCUACUCGGGUCGACCCGAGCACAGAUGAUCGGAUCCCCUUAUCGGACUAUCACCGUCUAA